UUCGGCGCGCGGAGGCCCGGCGUUGAGGUCACGUGCCGCUAAACCACCCAAUGCCUUUCGGGGGCGCGGUGGCGUCACGGAGCAGCGUGGGAAUGACAGCCGGCCCCUGUCACGUGGAAAGAGCCACGCCAAUGGGCGGCGCCGGGGCGGCCUGAAGUCCCGGCAGCCCGUGCGCUGUGGGUGGUUAAGUCGGUAAGAUGGCGACUGUGAGUCUGCGGCUCGGAGACUUGGUAUGGGGGAAGCUGGGCAGGUAUCCUCCUUGGCCAGGAAAGAUUGUAAAUCCACCCAAAGAUUUGAAGAAACCUCGUGGAAAGAAGUGCUUCUUUGUGAAGUUUUUUGGAACAGAAGAUCAUGCUUGGAUCAAGGUUGAACAGCUAAAGCCAUAUCAUCCCCAUAAAGAGGAAAUGAUAAAGAUUAACAAGGGUAAAAGAUUUCAGCAGGCCGUGGAUGCUGUGGAGGAGUUUCUCAAAAAAGCCAAAAGCAAAGACCAGUCAUCCCAUAAUUCUGCUGAAGAAAAGAAUCGGCGUAAUUCCAGUGAAGAAAGAAGUAAGCAGAAUUCAGGAGAUGAGAAACGCAAAGCUGGCCUGUCCGAAGGGAAGAUGAGGAAGAAUAUGGGAGAAGGAAAGAAGAGAGUAUCUUCAGCCUCUGCAGAAAGAGGUUCCAAAUCACCUCUAAAAAGGGCCCAGGAACAGAGUCCCAGAAAGCGAGGUCGCCCCCCAAAGGAUGAGAAGGACCUCACAAUCCCAGAAUCCAGUACAGUGAAAGGAAUGGUAGCAGGAACAAUGGCUGGGUUUAAAUGGCAACCAAGUGUAAGUGAGCCUGUAAAAGAUGGGGACCCACAUUUUCAUCACUUUCUGCUCAGCCAGACAGAGAAGCCAGCUGUCUGUUAUCAGGCAAUAACAAAGAAGUUAAAAGUAUGUGAAGAGGAAACUGGAUCCACAUCUAUCCAGGCAGCAGAUAGCACAGCAGUGAAUGGCAGCAUCACUCCCACAGACAAAAAGAUAGGAUUUUUGGGCCUUGGCCUCAUGGGAAGUGGCAUUGUCUCCAACUUACUAAAAAUGGGUCAUACAGUCACUGUUUGGAACCGGACAGCAGAAAAAUGUGAUUUGUUCAUCCAGGAGGGGGCCCGACUGGGAAGAACCCCCGCUGAAGUGGUCUCCACCUGUGACAUCACCUUCGCCUGUGUAUCGGAUCCCAAAGCAGCUAAGGACCUGGUGCUGGGCCCUAGUGGCGUGCUUCAAGGAAUUCGCCCUGGAAAAUGCUAUGUAGACAUGUCAACGGUGGAUGCAGACACGGUCACUGAAUUGGCCCAGGUGAUUGUGUCCAGGGGAGGUCGAUUUCUAGAAGCCCCAGUCUCAGGAAAUCAGCAGCUGUCUAAUGAUGGGAUGCUGGUGAUCUUAGCAGCUGGAGACAGGGGCUUAUAUGAAGAUUGCAGCAGCUGCUUCCAGGCAAUGGGGAAGACCUCCUUCUUUCUAGGAGAGGUUGGGAAUGCAGCCAAAAUGAUGUUGAUUGUGAAUAUGGUCCAGGGGAGCUUCAUGGCUACCAUAGCUGAAGGACUGACGCUGGCCCAAGUGACAGGACAGUCUCAACAGACAUUGCUUGACAUCCUCAAUCAGGGACAACUGGCUAGCAUUUUCCUGGAUCAGAAGUGCCAAAAUAUCCUACAAGGUAACUUUAAACCUGAUUUCUACCUGAAGUAUAUCCAGAAGGAUCUCAGAUUAGCCAUUGCACUAGGUGAUUCUGUCAACCACCCAACUCCUAUGGCAGCUGCAGCAAAUGAGGUAUAUAAACGAGCCAAGGCACUGGACCAGUCUGACAAUGACAUGUCUGCUGUGUACCGAGCCUACAUACACUAAGCCCUGUGGCCCUUUCUUCCUGCUAAUCCCCAUUUCUCACAUGGGGUCAGGGUCCUGGGACUUAACUCUGGACCAGUCCAUCUGUCUCUACGUUUCCUUUUAUACACAGACUUUGAAAAGAUUUGCCAUGAGUGCAGCUGCAGCAUCAGGCCUCCCCUGGGGGCUCAGGGGAAAGGCGGGGGAGGGGGUUGGGAAAGCUGAUGAGCAGCCCUGCUGUGCACUUGCUGCCUGGAUCAGAAUGGUGGCUGUGGGUUCAAACAGGCCCCGCCCCCCACCCCCUUGGACCCCCAAGAAGUGAUGCUGCCAGAAUCUGCUUGGCUUCUUUCUCCUUCCUGAGUUUGUCAGAGUCUGAGUUCCUCCUAGGAAAGAGGGCCAGAGUCCAUCU